UACGUACGACUGUACGAGUGACAAUAAAAAAAAAACGAAGUACGGAGUAAAGAAAAUCAGAAAAUAAUCAAGCCUCUUCAAAAAGAGAGAAAAAAACGGUGAAGCAGAGCAAAGCUACACUUACACCGUUUCAGCUGCCGAAGCCGAGCCGGAGUUUCUUGUCACUAAUCUCAAGUCGCCCAGAAAAGGAGAGUGAAGGCCAAUAUGUUAGCUUCGAGAACAUUGUUAUGCAAAACAAGGUGCCUUCAUCAGGAAGAAUCUUUGAGAAAUUUUUUUACAUCACCGAGGCUUCUUUGGUCAUUUUCUUCAUAUUCUAAUGCUUCUGGAAAGAAUUUUAAAGCUACUCCUUUGCAGGAGAGGAGAAUGAUUGACCGAUUUAGAUUGCAUGUUAAAGGAGGUGAUGGUGGAAGUGGAAAUGGCAGCUUGCGUCGUAGUCGAACUGAUCGCUAUGGCAGGCCUGAUGGUGGAAAUGGUGGAAGAGGCGGUGAUGUGAUUUUACAGUGCACCUCUGCAGUUUGGGACUUCCGUGGUCUGCAGCAUCACAUUACUGGAGGAUAUGGUGGGCAUGGAGCCUCAAAGAAUAAGAUUGGCAGCCGUGGAGAAGACAAGGUUGUGCAAGUACCUGUUGGUACUGUUAUCCAUCUGGUGGAGGGUGAAAUCUCUUCAGCUGUGGAGAAACCGUCUUCUGUGACUCAUCCUUGGGAUCUUCCAGGUACUGUUACUUCUGAUUUCCUUGAAUUUGAUCAGUUAUCCGCUUCUAGUUUGCGGGGUCCAGAUAUGGAUCUGGUGGAGAGUGGUGCUCAAGUUUCACCUUCUAGUACUAAUGAUACUGCUAAGAGUUCAGUGUAUAUCAAGUCACCCUCUCUUGUAUCUCCUCUUCCUACUUGUUCUCCUCCUUCUCAUAGUCGUGGUAAAUCGACAUAUAUUGAGGAUGUACAUAUUUCCUACUCUGAGAAUACAAGUGAUUGUGAAAGUACAUUGGCUGACGACAGUGAUUUGGAAAUUGAUAGUGGUAUGCUUGUAGAGGAGUUUCAAGAAGAUGUGGAAGAAAUACAAUAUAAUGUUGCUGAAUUGACUGAAGAGGGUCAGCAAUUAAUUGUUGCUCAUGGGGGAGAAGGGGGUUUAGGCAGUGUGUCAGCUGGGAAGCGUCAUCUAAAGAACUUAAAAAAUAAGAAUCUUGUUAUUGAUAAGAAUGAUAAUGUAGAAAGUUCUGAUGAUGAUAAUCAACCUAACAUAAGAAUUGGUUUGCCUGGGUCACAGGCUACUAUAAUACUGGAGCUAAAGAGUAUUGCUGAUGUGGGGCUUGUGGGAAUGCCUAAUGCAGGAAAAUCCACUAUAUUGGGUGCUAUUUCUAGGGCCAAACCUGCUGUAGGACAUUAUGCUUUUACAACAUUGAGACCUAAUAUAGGGAAGUUAAACUAUGAUGAACUAUCAAUAUCAGUGGCUGACAUCCCAGGACUCAUUAAGGGUGCUCAUGAGAAUCGUGGUCUAGGACAUGCUUUCUUACGACACAUAGAAAGGGCAAAAAUCCUGGCAUAUGUGGUUGACCUGGCUGCUGCACUUGAUGGCCGCAAAGGAAUUCCACCUUGGGAGCAGCUCAGAGAUUUGGUCUUAGAGUUGGAGCAUUAUCAAGAAGGCUUGUCUGACCGUCCAUCUAUAGUGGUGGCAAAUAAAACUGAUGAGGCAGGGGCUGAAUGUGUUUUGGAGGAGCUACAGAGAAGGGUGCGCGGAAUUCCUAUCUACCCAGUUUGUGCAGUUUUGGAGGAGGGGAUACCGGAUCUGAAAGCUGGGUUAAGAGUGCUUGUUAAUGGUGGGGAACCUGCCAGUCUGAGACGAGAUAAUAUAUUAGUUGAUUAACUAUUUCAUAAUUAAGUCACCAAGAGGAGAGUUGGGAGUUGGGUUGGGAUAAGGAAGAGGAAGGAAAUGAUAUCUUAGUUGAUAUUAUUCCAUAUUUCUGUUGUUUAGAACUUUAGAACAUAGACAUCAUAUCUUUUUACUAUUAUUCUUGGGAUUGAAUUGAAUAUAUUGGCUAGCCCUCUUCGAAAAUUCAUGUCAACACAGGGCGCAGGGGUUCUUUCUUUCCAAAUGUCUAAGAUGGUGGUUAUUUUUGGUAGGCAGUGCUUAGAUUUCUUAUACAGUACCAUUCUGUUGGUAUGGCUAGAGAUAUGGAUUUUGCCGCAUCUUGAAGUCAAUUGUCAUUAUAUGAUUAAGCUAAUAAGACAUGUUUACAAGAAGUCCUUUUCUUCUUAGCUUUGAUGCUUUAAUUUAUCAAAUUUUCAAUGUCAACUUGUAAAGAAGCAAGCUUCAUGCUGUUUUAAUAUGUUGAAAUUG